AUGCCUUUACCUUCGAGGGAGGUCUUGACCCUCCGUUUGAUUUUCGACUGUGAUGGAGACGAAGAGGAAGAACCACAACCUGCUAUAUCCCAAGAUCUGUCGAAUGCCUCGUCGCUGCUGCGGCUGCCCGUUGAGCUUCGCCUCAAGAUCCUCCGCUACCUCCUGCGCAUAGAUCGCAACCGCAAGGCCCACACGCGCCGACCCCCGCAGAAUAGCAUCUCCGAGUUGCUCUACCUGAAUCCGAGGCGCAUUCUCGAGGCCGCGCCGUUCAAGCACAAAGGCAAUCAAGAGAUCAACGGAAGCCCUCCGGUCAUAAAUAGCUGCCAGCUACACCCCGCCAUCCUGAAAACAUGUAAACAGCUCUACCUGGAAGGCAAGACGGUCCUGUACACCGAGAACAAGGUGGUUGGGGUGCAGUCGGGCAUCAGAGGGCUGGGCGCGAAGCUGAAAAACUACGGCAUCCCUGUCUUUGGGCCUUUUCCAUCGUCACGGCUGAUCAACGCCCCGUACGAUAAAUCGAAGCCGUGGGAGUCCAGGUUUGACCCUGUCAUGCUUUUCAGUGGUGGAAAUACCAAGGCCGACGCUCCCUUCUAUGUCUGCGGCUACAAGGACUCGGCGGACUUUAUGCACGCUCUUUGGAUCAUGGUCAAGUGUCCUUUUGCGAGAGGCAUGGGAUACAAUCUGUCGUUGCCCGCGGAGCCGCAGUAUCGGUACGUCAGCCGAACUGACAGCUUUGUGAAGUUUGCUGUGUUGCCAUGGCUACACAACCACAUCAACUCGAUCAACUUGCAUAGCCCGAUUCCAGAGGCCACAUCAGAAGAUAAGCCACAGGUAACAUCUGACACGUGCAACAGUCGGGUCACGCCCCUUCGUGAUGAGCUUGCCAAACAUGUCCUUGCCAGCAAAACGGAGCCUAACCUGCACACAUACAAAGCAAUCUGUGCUUACCUCGAGCAGGUCCUGCUUCAGGGCGAGAUCUGCGUCGAUCAAGGGAACUUCGUUAGUGGCGAGUUGAUUUUCGAGCGCGUGUGCUACGAGGCUUCUAGCAUCGUACGCACCAGAACAAGCAAACUGGUGGAUGUGUCCUCCAAGAGCAAGGAUGGCAUCAAUCGGGUGUGCAAGCUAAUUGCCGUUAGUGCAUACAGACUGUGCGAGCUUCGCAGCGGUUCUUUAGCCCGGCUCAUUGCAAAAAGAAUGCAGAACUUGUCAGCAAAAGGAACGGCGGUUGCCGAGUCAAAGCAGCGUGAAAAUUGCCAGGUUACGGAAAUUCCGAAGGAAGAAGAUGGUCAAUCCACGGACGACUCGGCGUCAGCUACUCACGAAGACAGCUCAUCCGUCACAUCAACAUCCGAGACGCGGACCAGCAUCAGCGAGGAAACGGGCGAAAAGCCUGACGACGUCUCCACAGUCCAUCCACCGGAUAAAACACAGACGAAAACCACACUCUCGACCACGUCACUCACGCAUUCGAUUCCAAGAACGACACGUCUGGAGCCGCAACUGGCCGCCGACCUCGCCCUGACAAGCGGUCUUCUUGCGUUACGCCUGCCCUGUGCCUCGCCUGUGCCGGAAUGGAAUAUUCGUCUCGACAUUAUGCUUUUGAGGCUUUUCGCUGAGAGAGAUGACUUUGCCAAUGCAGUUUGGAGCAUUCGUCGCAUACAUAAUAACGGUACCGUCGAACUGCAGAGUAUGAAGCAGAAAAACAAGACGGGUGACAAGAAAUGGCAGGCGUUGAGCGACUUGGUGCAAGAUUUGGCGCAGCAGCUAAGGCCGGGUGCAGGUAGAGGUUCCUUCGCCGACGUAGCAGAUCAAUGCCAGCAGGUCGUUACAGUCUUGUGGGGAGACAGAUUGAUUCCGAAGAAGGGGUUUAAUGGAUUAAUCUGGACAUUCCGGUGGGCUGGAUAA